UAUUUGAAAGGAAGCUCAGUAGUAUGUAUUCAAUAUCAUUUUAAAACAAUUAACUUGUCCGCCAAAAUGGAGGCAGCCAGUCCAGUUGGUCAAGCUAAUGCGGGAAUAGCUGUUUGUCGUGGUAUUACAAGUCUUUGUGUGACUAUGAUUGCAUGGAUUCUGACAUUAUCUGCUAUCAUUGGAAUAGCGAAUGAUAAUUGGAGCAUUUUGAAUAGCGAACUAGGAUGUGGACUAAAAGCUGCCUUUGGACUAUUCGUUUGUGCGGAUAGUUGUAUGUUUUUCCUGAUAUGUUGGGAUGGAACAAACCUAGUGAUAUUAUGCUAUUCACAAACUAUGUGUAAUUGUGAAUGCUAUCACAUGAACUUCUCCCUUCAGUUAGCUUCUUUUGGAAUGCUACUAAUUGGAGCCAUAAUUCACGGGACUAAUGACCCUGAUAAUAUAAAUUGGACCUUUUGGUUCUGUUUAGUAUCGUCUCUCCUCUGUCUUAUACUAGGAAUAAUGUGGAAAAUUACUCAAAAAAUGAAAAGAUUUGUGAAGAAAGAAGCAAGUGGGGCUCUAGAUGGAAUGGGUGCUGGUGUAAUUGCAGGAAUGAUAUAAUGACAGAACUGAAUAAACUUUCUAGGUGUAAAUGAUUAUUAAUAAUUUUUUUUUUACGCAUUAUGAUAAUGGUUAAAAACUUGGCUCAGUAGACUGUUUUAGCAUUACAAGAUUAACUAUAUUUAAUUACAAUUCAAAGAUUUUCAACAUCCAGUUGAAAGAUAAUCCACAUUAAUAAUCCGUCAGUGGUUUGCAAACGCUUACAUUGAUACUGAGGCAUAGUUCAUGUAGGACUAUGUUCAAGGAGUAAACAGGUUAAAAGGUUCUGAAAAAAGUCGACAUAUGUUUUGAAGUUAACAUAAAACAUAUGUGACUCUCUAGUCGUAACUUUCUGUCUUUAAAUUAGUAUUCUUGUUAGUUUUUAGCUUUGUAUAAUGUCGAUUCAGUCAACCCCUUUACAAUUGGCUUUAUAGAUAAUAGAAGAAAAAGGAUAUAGAUUAUCCAUUUAAGUUCCAAAAUCAGUCCGUGCACGGCUAAAACACAAGAAGAAAAGCAACAGCGAUUUUAUUAAAGUAUUUUGCAUUUUUAAAUCUCUUUGUCGGGUUAAAGGCUGGUUGGGCUCCCGCAGGUAUGGUUCGCGUUGUGCCUGUAUCAAAAUGUUUAGCCUGAAUUGCAUUGAUUGUCGUUUGUUGGUGUACACCUGCUCUAAAACACAUUACGGGACUAUAAAAUUAAAGCAACCGGACAUCCCUAUGUGCCUGUAUCAAUCGUAUUCGUUGGCCUUAGCAAAUUUUCAUCAAUACUUUACUCAACCGUGAUGGACGUUGACGUGAUUAGAAAUUCGAUAAAUGUCUUCAUCAACCAACUCGUCUUCUUUAUCUUUUCUAAAUGAACAUUAAAAAUUAAUUGAAAAUAUUUGAAAUUAAAAUAUGUAUGUAGGUAACAUUCUAUAAGGUCCAAAGUCAUUAAGUUGAAAUUUGCAUAAUGAAGAUGUCGGUAUCAAAGUACAAUGUACUAGAUAGCUCAUUAAAUAUUCAUCAAAUUUCAAUAAUUAUUAUUCAUAGAUAUAAGAAGAUGUGGUAUGAGUGUCAAUGAGACAAGUUGAAUUCUCCAUUCAAGUCACACUUUAUAAAAGUAAACCAUUAUAGGUCGUCAACACGGAGCCUUGGCUCACAUCGAACAGCAAGCUCUAUGUAUGAAAAUCAUACGAUAUUAAUUUAUUGUUACUUGUUGAUAUUGAGUAUCCAUCUUUAAAGAUAAUAUCAACUAGUAUUUGGAAUGAAUAAAAUUUACAAAUUUUAGAACAUGAAAUACAUUUGUCUCGCAGUUUUAUUGUUGAAUAAAAAUGCAUAUAUAACAAUAUUUUAGCAAAAUAAAAUAAUUUUCUUGUUAUUAUCUCAAAACUAAAUUGUGACCUGUUCUUCUUCCCUUGUGACCGUUACGUUUUAUUUCCUGAAUUCAUCGAAAGUAUCCUACGUAAAAUAUAGCAAAUUGGUUUUAUAUCUUUAAUUUCCUUGUUUGAUUAGAUUUAG